AUGCCACACUCAACAGUGGAUCAGGCAUGCAGCGCGGAAGCGCCCUAUUCUGGUCCCCGAAAGCUCGUACUCUGCCUCGAUGGCACUGGCAAUCAAUUUAUGGGAUUUGAGCGCGACUCGAAUAUCGUCAAAAUAUACCAGAUGCUCGAAAAGAACACACCCGGACAGUUCCAUUAUUAUCAGCCCGGGAUUGGGACCUACGUCGAAGGUCAAUCGUCCAGCUCCGGAUUGCUUCGGUAUCCGCGAAAACUGCAGUCGAAUAUCAUAACCACCAUCGAUCAGGGGGUGGGAACCACUUUCGAAAGUCACGUCCUCGCAGCAUAUCGCUUUAUCAUGCGGUAUUACUCGCCGGGUGAUCAUAUCUAUAUCUUUGGGUUCUCGCGGGGAGCAUACACUGCGCGAUUUCUAGCGGAGAUGAUUCACGAACUUGGUCUUCUCUCACAGGGUAACGAGGAGAUGAUCCACUUUGCCUGGGAAACAUUCAGCAAUUUCCAACAAGCGCGAGGAAAGACCGAUCGCACUGCAAAGGAUGAGGCAUUGAUUUCAUACAUGAAGAAAUUCAAUACUACCUUCUGCCGCCCGCAAGUGCAGAUCCAUUUUCUUGGAUUAUUUGACUGCGUGAACAGCGUUGGCCAGUUCGAGAUUCCAUUCCAUCGGAAGUCGCAUCAGUACCUUGUCAGUCCGGCCGCACGGCACAUCAGACAUGCCGUAUCGAUCCAUGAGCGUAGACUCAAAUUCAAACCUGCCCUGGUGCUGCUUGACAAGACCAAGCCAGUGGAUCUGAAGGAGGUCUGGUUUGCAGGAAACCAUGGUGAUGUGGGAGGGGGCUGGAGUCUUGCGCCUGGACAGUUCCACCUUUUGUCUGAUACGCCUUUGAACUGGAUGCUGCAGGAGGUUCUUCAUCUGGAAAACUCGGAAAGCAAGUUAUCCUUCCACACGCUCAAUGUCGCAGACGUAGUGGAAAGGGAGAAUGCGUUUCCUGGGAAAGAGGAACCUGGGACCACAGCAUAUGAUGUGCGGAAACGCACGAACCAGCCACACGAUAUGCUCAUGUUCAAUCGGGGAGCGACUUUUCUGAUGGUAAUCUUCUGGUGGAUUCUCGAAAUCCUCCCCCUCUUCACGCGACUCGAACUAGAACACGGCAAAUGGGUUCCUCGCCAAUGGCCACCCAACAUGGGCGCGCCUCGCGAUAUCCCCGAGGAUGCCGUUAUCCACCAGAGUGUGCAUGAAAUGGUCCGGGCGGGCAUUCUGGAUCCGAAAUCGAUUCCACCGCGCGGGGGGAACAACUCGCACCUGCCUUCCACCGCCCGUAUCACUGGCGCGUGGAAAGCGAUGAGAAAGAACCAGGAGAAACAAAUCUCCUCGCUGUUGCAGAAGAAGCCUGCAGGCGCACUGAGGAAAGAAUUCGAUGGGAAGGCUGAUUGAGCAGCUUUUAGUUGUCAG